AUGAAGGCUUGCAAGACCAGACGCUCCGGUUUGCCACCGGGGAUGGCAUCCCGAGGCAUGGCGCCAUUUUCGCUUGACCAGCGGGCGGUUGCACCGGAAGAAGAUUUGAACGAGAGUAGUGGACUAUCCACGAAAGACAUCCUGUGGCAGAAUAUAGUCUCGGAAUACAGCAAUCUCAACCUGACAUACCCCUGCCCGGACAGACUCGCAGCACUAGCCGGCGUGGCAGAGCGUAUGGCAGCAGACAGCCGGAGCGAAUACGUCGCAGGGUUGUGGAAGAAAGAGCUACCCCGAACGCUGCUAUGGCGCGUGUUCUCAACACCCGGUACGCCGAGAGAGCGCUUUAGCGAAAUGUACGUCGCUCCGACAUGGAGCUGGGUAAGUGUGGAUGGCGGCGUAGAACUCCCAGAGAUCUUAUCGGAUACCAACGAAGAGUUUGCGCGGAUUGUGGAGGUGGAGGUAAACGCUGUCGAUGGGAUGGAAAAGUUCGGCCAGAUCGCCUCUGCCAAACUGACGUUGGAAGGUUGCCUGAUGCCAGCAACGUGGAACACUAAACCAAGCCCACUUACCGACAUAGAGUUUCCGGUCGGCAUUGAAGGGCAUGACGUUACGGUGUAUAGCACUGAAAGGCCGUACACUCAGCUAGCAAGAUGUGUUUUUGACUGCGGAAGUGCGGUUCUUGCGGAUCAAGCGAACGUGAAGGCUCUAGCCGCCAUGGAACCAGAGAGAAUCCUCCGUUAUGUUUGGAGUAUUCUUGUGGAGCCUCAUGGAGCAAGUACGAAGGAGUUUGUAAGACUUGGCGUUUGGUUCGCCCGAAGUGGUGGAGUUAAGGACCACACUGAAAAGGGGCAAAAGAAAAUUAUCAUGCUACUUUGA